AUGUCUUUGAUUACAAACACUCAAAUUAAUGUCGCUAUGUCUGACAAAUAUCAUGAUGAUAACAAAGAAGAGUCAUCCAAAAAAUUUGAUUUUUUGAAACCUCAUGGAACGUACAAAAAUGAUGAAUCCAAGGCUUGGACAGAGCAUUAUGUUUGUUCACGUUCCGGUAAUAAGCAAAUACGUAAUGAUCGUGUAGAAGGAGGACAUACACAAAAAAAACGACGUACUCAAAAAGUGUCCAAGAAAGUUGGGUGUCAAUGUGAUUUACGAAUCAAUUAUUAUCCAAACACUUUCUCUAAUGAGAUUGUCAUAGCUCGCUAUCGGUACAAACAUAGUGGACAUGUACUUGGAAGCCGCGAUGAUAUCCAAUACUUAAAGAAAUCUGAAGAGACAAUCACUAAAAUCAAAACAUUCGCACAUUAUGGACUAUCACUUUCAGCUAUUAGACAGCUAAUGAAAGCGCCGGAAGAGAUAACUAAAAGGUAUUUGAUCAUUCACAUAGACUCAACACAUAGUACUACUGCUUAUAAAUACGCGCUCUUUACAAUCUUAAUUCGCCACCCUUAUAGUGGCCGUGGAAUAUCGCUAGCAUGGUUUCUUACCGAAUCUUGUGACACCCAAGCAAUUAUGACGUGGCUUCGUAAAUUGAAAGAAGAUGGGUGGGAAGAUCCAAAAAAUGUGAUUUUAGACAACGAUGAAGCUGAAAUAAAUGCGAUCUAUCAUGAUAGUUUAUUUUAUGAUCUAGAUCAAUUACUUAACAUUGAUAAUGAAAGUAGUGUCAAUUGUGCUAUUACUCAAUUUGAGGAAAAAUGGAAAGAUACGCCUGCUAAAUGUGGAUCAAAUGCUAUCGGCACAACCAAGUCUGAGGAACCAACACCAACAAUUUUAUUGAGGUAUUAUCGACAAGAAGUAAUUCAAUAUGAACUAAACAUUGGGCGGAUGGGUCCGCACCGUAAGAUUCUUCGAAAGUUUGAAAUAAACUCUGCUGAUAUUGAAGAUAGUUCGAUUUUUCGUUUACAAGACUCUGUCUUUAUUGUUAAGUCAACACAAGGAGGAGCCGAUUAUAUAGUUGAGCAUAAUAAUAGUGAUUUUACUUGUAAUU